AUGAUCCGAUCCCUCCUCCUUGUUGCCUUGGCCACCGUCGCCGUUCUCUCCGCUCCAAUCCCAGAGCUCCCGGAGAACUACGAGGAUAUCCCAUCAGAGUACAAGUCCCUCAUCCCAGCCGAAGUCGUCGAGCACCUCAAGUCGAUCACCCCAGAAGAGAAAGUGAUCCUCAAAGACGUCGCCAAAGGAUACAAAGACUUCAAGAGUGAGGACGACUUCCUCAAUGCUCUCAAGGAAAAGUCCCCAGCUCUCCACGAGAAGGCCUCCAAGCUCCACCAGAUCGUGAAGGACAAGGUCAAUGCUCUCAACGAGGAAGCCAAGGCAUUCGUCAAGAAGGCUAUUGCUGAAGGACGCAAGAUCCACGCUCAAUACUUGGCUGGAGAGAAGCCAUCCCUCGACACCCUCAAGGCCACCGCCAAGACCCACCUUGACGCUUACAAGGCUCUCUCCCAAGACGCCAAGGACUCCAUCGCCGCCCAAUUCCCAAUUCUCACUGGAUUCUUCAAGAAUGAGAAGGUUCAAGGAAUUGUCAACCAAUACAUCAACUAA